ACUUAAUUGUUUCUAUUUUUCUGGAGUGUCCCACAGUAGCUCCAACAGAAGAAAACAUGGAUACAGUGGAGUAUACCAUAGGAGGAGUGAAGAUAAACUUCCCCUGCAAGGCCUAUCCCUCUCAACUUGCCAUGAUGAACUCUAUUGUUCGUGGCCUGAAUCAUGGGCAGCACUGCUUACUGGAAAGCCCAACUGGUAGUGGGAAGAGCCUGGCUCUGCUGUGCUCAGCUUUAGCAUGGCAGCAGGCACAGUAUGGUAAAUCUGACCAGGAUGGAGAUAAAUCCUCAUGUGACAGCAAAAAGUCAAACGUUACCACUCCAUGUCAGUGUGUGUGCCAUAGCCAAACCACCUGCCCACCAACUUCCUCUAAGAGUAUAGCAUCCACAUCUGCUGUGAUUGAUCUUACUAAUGAUGGACCUGCUACUAAAGAUGUGUCACCUCCAGGAGAAAAAACAAACCCUCCGCCUGUUAGAUCCACUUUAGCGUCCAAACUUUCUGAAAAACUUCAGGCCUCCAGUAAUACAAAGGAAGAGCAAAGUGAUGACGACUUUAAGCCUGACAGGAAACGUAUUCGGGCACCUGCUGAGGAUUUCAUGAGCAGAAAGCGUCGCUGUCUGGAGAAAGGUGUGGUGUUCAUCGAUGAUGAAGACCCGGAGAGGUCCGUGUCAGGAGCUCAGAACUGGACUGUUGAGCUAAACAGCCAUGCCAACGCUGAGGGAAGCCUGCCGUCACCAGCCGAAUGCUGUUCUCCUGUACCUUGUUCUCUUUGUCCCUGUGCCAGCCUAACAGAAGGCCAGAAGAUGGGUGAAAAAGCCAAGGACAAAGCCAAGGACAACAAUGGAAAGCAAGCGAUCCCCAAGAUAUUCUUUGGUACCAGAACACACAAACAGAUCACCCAGAUCACACACGAGCUAAAGCGGACACUGUACUCCUCUGUACCCAUGACUAUCCUGUCCAGCCGGGACCAUACUUGCGUCCACCCAGACGUGGUUCCACACGCUAACCGGAACGAGCGCUGCAAGGAGCUGCUCGAGGCUAAAAACGGCCGAUCAUGCAGAUUCUACCACAAUGUGAAUAAGAUGCGGGAGCAGAGUACUCUACAGUGGGUGCACGGACUGAACCAGGCCUGGGACAUAGAGGAGCUCUGCCGUUUGGGCAGUAAGCUGCGUUCCUGUGCUUACUAUGCAGCCCGGGAGCUCAUGCAAGACGCUAACAUUAUUUUCUGCCCUUACAACUACUUGUUGGAUCCCCUCAUCCGAGCGAGUAUGGACAUCAGUCUGAAGGGUCAGAUCGUGGUGCUGGAUGAGGCCCAUAACAUCGAGGACUGCGCCCGGGAGUGUGCCAGCUUCACUUUAAACCAAGUGCAGUUGAAGGAGGGUCGUGAAGAGCUUGAGAGCAUGGUGACAUAUAACAUCCGACGAAGCAACCAUGAGCCUUUGCUGGCCUUUUGCUGCAGUUUGCUUAACUGGAUACAGGAGAGCUCCAGUACUCUGCAGGAGAGGGACUAUGAGACUGCCUGUAAAGUCUGGACAGGGAAAGAGGUUUUGGUUAUCUUCCACGGUCUUGGAAUAACAGCUGACACUUUUCCUGUGCUGCAGAAGCAUUUAGAAGCGGUGCUGGAGAAGGAAGAACGGGUGGCGCUGGUGAACGGAAGAGAGGACAUGGUGCAGGUUCCCACCAUCAGCUCCACCACCCAAAUCGUUCUUAAGAGUCUCUUCAUGGUGCUUGGGUUCCUGUUCCGACAAAACUGCAGGUUUGCAGAUGACUACCGCGUGGCCUUGCAGCAGAGCUAUGUGUGGGCCACCCAGCAGGACGUGCCUGACGAGCAGGGUUUUUUUGCCCGGCCACGUCGCCGUCGCCAAAAUACCCGCACUAAAACCCUGGUGCAUACACUUAGCUUCUGGUGCCUUAAUCCUGCUGUGGCAUUCUCAGAUCUUAGCGAGUCAGUACGCAGUAUAGUGCUCACUUCUGGGACCCUUUCACCCAUGGGCUCCUUCUCUUCUGAGCUGGGCAUCAAAUUUUCCAUCCAACUAGAGGCUAGCCAUGUCAUCAGCAAAUCUCAGGUGUGGGUUGGCACAAUCGGCGCAGGUCCUCAGGGCCGCAGGCUGUGCGCCACGUUCCAGCACGCUGAAACUUUCGCUUUCCAGGACGAAGUUGGCAGCCUCCUGCUGAAGGUCUGCCAGACGAUGAGCCGAGGCGUGCUCUGCUUCCUGCCAUCUUACAAGAUGUUGGAUAAGCUGAGAGACCGCUGGAUGAACACUGGCUUGUGGGAGAAGCUGGAGGAGCGGAAGACUGUGAUUGCAGAGCCACGUGGAGGAGCAAAGAGUGACUUUGAUGAGCUUUUACAAACAUAUUACAAUGCCAUCAAAGAAAGUGGCACUCGAGAUGGAGCUCUGCUGAUUGCAGUUUGCAGAGGAAAAGUGAGUGAGGGCCUGGACUUUACUGAUGACAAUGCCAGAGCUGUGGUCACUAUUGGCAUUCCUUUCCCUAACAUUAAAGACCUGCAGGUUGAACUGAAGAUGAAAUACAAUGACCAGCACUGUAAAUCCAGAGGACUUCUUCCAGGAGGACGAUGGUAUGAAAUCCAGGCAUAUCGGGCCCUAAAUCAGGCUUUGGGAAGGUGUAUCCGGCAUAGAAACGACUGGGGGGCACUUAUUUUAGUGGACGACCGCUUUAGGGCCAAUCCUAACAAGUAUAUCACAGGCCUGUCGAAAUGGGUGCGUCAGCUGGUUAAACACCAUGACAGCUUCACUAACGCCAUGCAGUCCCUGGUGUCCUUCUCCGAGUGUCAACAAGGAGUAGUGCAGAACCAAACUGUGGGGCCUUCCCCCAGUGUCUCCGGGACUCAGUCAUCUGCUGUCUUGUCACCUCCUGAUCCACAAGUGUUGCCCAAGUCUCAGAGCAAUGAGGUUCAGCCUGAUGUUCCUGCUGUCAACAAUCCGUCUGAACCAGGUGACGAAAAGCCUCCAGAGCAUCGACCUGAUGAACCAUCUCCUAAGUUUAAAGAAUCCACAGCAACCACACACAAAUCAAAAGCAAUACUCAACCUGUAUACAUCCACUCCUGUCAGCUCCCGUUACAGAACUCCUAUCUUUAAAUCUAACGACCGUAGGAGGACCACUGACCAGAGUUCAAAUUCACUAGCUGUUAUUAAGGACACUGAUUCAACACCUGAUGAGGCAGCAAAGGAUCAGACCAAAGAAGCUCUUGAGACCAGUGACAUUACUGAGAUUGCACCUGGGUCUCCAGUUAAAUCGCCCUCAGACUGUCUCCCCAAUCAGGACGUCAGUGCAGCAGCACCUGAAGACGCAGAGGACGAAACUAUGUUCUACACGCCAGAACUGUUUGAAGGGGAGGAGGAUGAGGAGUCUGGUGCAGAAGAGAUGGAUAAAGCCUCUGAGAUAGAACCAGUCCAAUGCACUACAAUAAACAAGUGUUCAGAAAGUAGUUCCUCUAUUAAACCUAAGCAGACUGAGAGUAUGACGACUGCUCCUGCUAGUCCUGAGGAAGCUGCUGUGCGUGUCAGUAAUGACUGUGUGUUGUCUCAGAGCAUGGCAGAACAGGCAGGGUCGAGCUCUAGCACAGGCAGUAGGGACAGGGCCCAACAGCAUCAGAGCAGCAGCAAGUCACGUAGGCUCUCCAGGUCUAGGCAGAAAGCACCAAGCAAAGCUGAAGGUAAACUCACUGCUUACUUUACAUCACUCUCUCAGACCAGCCAGCCAUAG